AUGGCAGGAUAUAUGGCUUUCAUUAGCGCAGGUCAAAGAGAUUGGACUUACCUGGAGGAACCAUAUAUGUUUUCUGAUGCUAUUUUUCACAGAAAUGAAAUCCAUGCAGUUGGACUAGGGGGAGUAAUAGCGUCAGUUGAUAUCAGUAGUAGUAAUGAUCCUACGCAGCAGCCAAAGGCAAUUAUACGUACACCCUUAAGACCAAUGGUACACCCGGUUUUCCCAUGCAAAGCGGAAAAGGCAUAUCUUGUUGAAUCAAGCAAUGGAGACUUGCUGCAUGUUCGAAAGUUCUUGAAACCAAAGGAAGGUGUUGAUCAAAAGCUGGGGGUUGUCAAUUUUGUGGUGUACAAGGUGUUGUUCAGUGACAAAGAUGGGAGCAUCGUGAAGCAGAAUGAGGUGGAUAUCAUUGGGGACGAUGCUUUGUUCUUGGGUGAUAAUCAUUCCAUGACUGUUUUGGCUUCAAACUUUCCUAGGUGCCAACCAAAUUCCAUUUACUUCACAAAUGACAUUAGCAAUGGUGGUAUUGGGAUCUUCAGUUUAGCAAACAAAACCGUUACACAACUCUACGGACGAAAAUUAUACAGCGCACCCGUCCAUCUCCGUCGUCCAUUUGACGCGGACUUGGCAGAGCCUUUUGACUUUUUCAAAAUGGACGGCGGAGAUGACGGGUGCCCUGAAUACGCUCUCCUCUACGGGCCUCUAAAUCCCAUCCCACCUGCGAUAUGGAUUGUGCCACCAAUCAAUGGUCUUUGCUAG